AUGGAGAUGCCAACUUCGGAGUCUUCCUCGAUUCGGGUCGCGUUUGAAGGAUGUGGCCAUGGAUGUCUUCAUGACAUCUAUGCGUCAGUCGAUAAGGCUGCUGCUCUCAAGGGCUGGGAUGGUGUCGAUUUAGUGAUCAUUGGCGGCGAUUUCCAGGCCGUCAGAAAUGCCAAUGACCUGGCCUGCAUGUCGGUGCCAAUGAAGUACAGAGAAUUGGGAGACUUUCAUGAAUACUACAGUGGGCAGCGUGUUGCUCCCUACCUCACAAUCUUUGUUGGCGGGAACCACGAAGCUAGCAACCACAUGUUUGAACUUUACUAUGGAGGGUGGGUAGCCCCGAAUAUCUACUACCUCGGUGCGGCCAACGUCAUCCGGUGUGGGCCCCUUCGCAUCGCCGGAAUGUCUGGCAUAUGGAAGGGAUAUGACUAUCGGAGGCCUCAUUUUGAGAGGCUGCCUUACAAUAGUGAUGAUGUUCAAAGCAUCUAUCACAUCAGAGAACUCGACGUCCGGAAAUUGCUCCAAAUCCGUACACAAGUUGAUCUGGGAUUAUCCCACGACUGGCCUAAACAGGUCGAGCGUAGCGGAGACUUUGAGACUUUGUUCAGAAAGAAGCUUGGAUUCCGCGAGGAUUCCCAGAAUGGCCGGCUUGGUAGCAUGGCUGCUAAGCAUGUUCUUGAUCGGCUGCGCCCAGCCUAUUGGUUCUCGGCACAUCUACACGUUAAAUUCGCGGCCCUAGUUCAGCAUGCCGAGUAUAUGACUAGUUUUCUUGCACUGGAUAAAUGCCUACCAAACCGCGAAUUUCUCCAGCUCCUUGAGAUCAAUCCUAUUUCGGACUUAGAUGGGGCGAAGGUUGAACGCCCAUAUCGCUUGCAAUACGAUAAGGAAUGGCUGGCAAUCACACGUGCGUUUGCCAAUGACCUUCACCUUGGUGAUCCCAACGCCAGACCCUCUGCGGAUAAGGGCGACGUCGUUUACCGACCCCAGAUUCUCGAAGAGGAGAAGUGGGUCGAGGAGAACGUUGUUAAGCCUGGAAAGCUUGUCGUCCCGGAGAACUUCACUCAAACGGCGCCCGUCUACGAUCCCGCCGUACCUCUGACGACUGAAGAGAUGCCAAUGGAGUACACCAAUCCUCAGACCACCGAAUUUUGCGAAUUGAUUGGUAUUGAAAAUAAAUUCGACAUGAGUGACGCCGAGCGCCAGGCUAGAAUGGCUCGGGGGCCCCGUCCUAAUAGCAACAGAGGCGGCAUGAACCGUCCUCCUCGUCGUGGCGGCUUUGGACGGGGUCGCGGACGCGGUGGUCGUGGACGCGGCAACCGUUACUGA